GCCGAGAGCAUACCGGGCAGUUCAUUUCCAUCGUAUGCCGUGACCAGCUGCAACCGUCACCGACUAGCUGAUUAAUUUAAUUUUGAAAUUUCGUUCCAUUUUUUUGAGAAAAUUUAUUUUCGUUCUCUCAAGUAACAGUUUUCUAGUUUUGUACCAAUAAGAAAAGUGUAAAAGAUGGCUCCAAAAGAUGAUCCUGAGGUGGCUGCGCUGAAAAAGGAAAUCAAUGACUUAAUUGGAAAAAUGAAGGAAGAACAAAAGAAGGCGGCCGAUUGUACACUCCAGGAAAAAUGUUCGGAUAUGGGCGAUGUGCCUAAAGUGCGCAUCAGCACGAAAAAGUUCCUCAAAGGUCAUAUCAACAAGGUCAACUCGGUGCACUACGCUGGCGAUUCGCGGCACUGCGUGACCGGAUCCCUGGAUGGCAAGCUUAUCAUCUGGGACACCUGGACGGGUAACAAGGUUCAGGUAAUUCCCCUCCGCUCGGCGUGGGUUAUGAGUGUGGCCUAUGCUGAGUCAGGAAAUUUCGUCGCCUGUGGUGGUAUGGACAAUAUGUGUACAGUGUACGACCUGAACAACCGGGACGCUCAAGGAAACGCCAAAAUCGUUCGAGAGUUAGCUGGGUACGAAGGAUUUCUGAGCUCUUGCCGCUUUCUGGACGAUACCCACGUGCUCACUGGAUCCGGUGAUAUGAAGAUUUGCGUAUGGGAUCUGCAAGUGGGCAAAAAGACUUCCGAAUUCGAUGCCCAUGCUGGUGACGUUGUAUCAAUUUCUCUCAGUCCAGACAAAAAUACCUACGUAACUGGAUCGGUCGAUAGAACCUGCAAGCUGUGGGAUGUGCGAGAAUCGUCUCCGAAACAGACAUUUUUCGGGCAUGAUGCUGAUGUUAACAGUGUUUCGUAUCAUCCAAGUGGUUUCGGAUUUGCUACUGGAUCAGAAGAUAAGACAGCUCGGUUGUUCGAUUUUCGAUCUGAUCAACAGAUUGGACACUACGAACCACCGAAUAAAAGCAGUGGUUUUACAUCAUGUGCAUUAUCACUUAGCGGAAGAUACAUACUGUGCGGCUCGGAUGACAACAACGUUCACAUUUGGGAUACUAUGAAGGGACAGCAUAACGGCACCUUAAGUGGUCACGAAAACCGCGUUACAUCGAUCUGCAUGGCCCCGAAUGGGAUGGCCUUGGCAUCAUGUAGCUGGGAUCAACAUGUUCGUAUUUGGGUGUAAAUAUUUCAAGGCAGUCGGAAUAAUAUGUCAUCCAAUACUUAUUAUUGAUAUGUAUUUUUGGAUACUCUUUGGUCUCGGAAACAUUUUCCAAAUCAAACGAAAAGAAAUAAACCAUCAUAUUCUUAAUCAUAA